CACGCGCAAGCGCGCAUGCGUGUUUUAGAAAGGGCGGCGUGCCAGGCACUGACGACGGCACGCCCAAGGGGCGCCGUGUCCGCUGUACGCGGGUGCCCACAGGCUUCGCCUCCCGACACGGAGGCGCUCGCUGUCAGUUGCCCCGCCCCGAUGGAAACUGCCGGGUUCCGGCGGCUGGGCCUGUGCGUCUUGUGCGGGCUGCCGGCGGCGGGCAAGUCCACUCUGGCGCGCGCGCUGUGCCACAGCCUACGGCGGCGCGGGGGCCCAGGCUGGGACUGUGUCCUCCUGACCUACGAUGACCUCAUUCCGCAGGAGGCCUUCAGCCAACCAGAGACAGAAGCGGGGCUCGUAGCACAACACCCAUUGCUGUCUCGCUGGAAAUUGUACCGACAUGAACUGUUAGAGUACCUUGAACACUUCUUACAGGCUCUUAUUAAUGGAGAUCAUUUGUGUGCUCCAACAAACAGAACUGAAGCAACAUGGAAAAGUUUUGUUUCCUGUUUCAAAGAACAAGGAUUAAUCUCUUCAGAAAUACAUGAUGCCAAAUCUUGUCAUUACUUAAUAAAUACAACCACUUCCAGACCAUUGUAUUUUGUUUUGGAUGACAACUUUUAUUAUCAAAGCAUGAGAUAUGAAGUAUACCAGCUAGCUCGCAAAUAUUCAUUGGGCUUCUGCCAGUUAUUUUUAGACUGUCCACUUGAGUCCUGUUUACAGAGGAAUUGUCUGAGAAGUCAGCUGUUACCUGAUGAGACCAUAUGUCUAAUGGCAAGAAAAAUAGAAGUACCAAAUCCUGAGAAAAACACAUGGGAACAAAAUAGCCUAAUUCUGAAAAGUGUCAAAUGCACUUCAGAAGAUAAUUUGCAGGUGAUUAAUUUGUUGGUUACUGCUUUGGAAAAUCCAGUGAAACAAAUUGAGGAAAAUACUGAACAAAAGGAAACAGACAGAGCCAUUUGUGCAGCUAGUAUUCUCCACCAAGCUGAUCAGGCUUUCAGACGAAUUGUCUCUCAAACAAUGAAGGAUGUGAGAGAUAAAAAUAUACUUCCAAGUGAGAUGAAGAUUCUGGCAGAAGAACUUAAUAAGCUUAAAGCAGAAUUCUUGGAAGAUUUACGACAAGGGACUCAUCCAAAAAAUCAAUUUUGUCUGCCAAGCAGUGAAUUUGUUACAAAUGUCAUUACUUCAUUCCAACAAGCGACAGACAAUGUAGUGAAGAAGGGUUUUGUUUUAAAUGAGCACACUGUGUUUUCAGUGCAAGGAAUGCCAAAAACGUGAUAGUUUUAGCCAUCCUGCUGAAUACGUUAUCUGAGGAAGCCAAGCUGCCAUGUGUGGAGGUUUAUGUUAAUUUAUAAUUUCAUUUCUGUCACAAUGUUAUGAAACAAAACAAAAACAAAAAAACUCAGGUGUUUCAUCUUUAAGACCAGGCCAACAAUAGGAAGAAAUGAGUUUUGAAGAUGAAAGAGAUUUUGGCACUGUAGUCCCCUAAUCGGUGUCUCUUAAAACAUCUUUGGUGCAAAUCUUUGAACUCCUUCUCUGGCUCCUCCAUCCCUAAUGUUCUUCGUCCUUGCUUCUAUAUUUCCUAGAUUUCCCAUGUAUCCAUCUCUCUGUUCCUUUCCCAUCUCAGAUUAGCCCAGUUUUCCUUUUUUUUCAAUGUCAUUUUCCCUUUUCCCAUAGAACAAAUAAUAGAAGCAAAGAAUUCUCAAAUCUUCCUCCCAAUCCUUUGUUCUUCCAAAGUAUUUAUAGCUAGGCAACAAAGAUGUACAUAGGUAGAAAAGCUCUGGUCUCAAAUGUUGUUUGCUCUCAGUAAUUAACCUCCUCCUACAUUAUUAAAGUCAUCAUUCCUAUUGGGACAGUCAGGGAAUCACAUGUCGUCAUACUGCAUAACAAUAGAGUGAAUCAUAGCAUGUGUAAGAAAUUAUAGGAAAUUAUAAAUCGUCUUAUUUAAUAGUCAGUACAAACAGUAUUACAUUAACUGGUUAAUGUCUGCAUGAUGCUAUUUAACAUGUAAAGUGCUAGGUAAUAUUAAUAAAGAGAUUAGAAUAUC